AUGAGUUUCCAACCACUCAACCCCCGCCCAUUCCUCCAGGCUCGCGUCGGCACCGAAGUCCUCAUCCGCCUCAAGUGGGGCCAGACCGAAUACAAGGGUACACUCGAGAGCAUCGACUCAUACAUGAACGUUUUGCUGCGCGACACAGAGGAGUUCAUCGACGGCAAGCCCACCGGAGCACUGGGUCUCGUUCUGAUCCGAUGCAACAACAUCCUCUGGAUGGGAUCGGCCGACGCAGUGGAAAUGACGGACAUGGAAUUAAAAUAA